UAUAAAUUUGAAGCUACCAAAUCAAGAGGAAGUGAGAUCUAUUGGGAAUUGACAAAACUCGAAACAAAAAGAGCAAGCAGGAGAGGGAAAUCGCGGGGCUGAGAUGUGGGAAUCGAUUUUCCUGACCGUCGCCGCCACCGCCGGUAACAAUAUCGGCAAAGUUCUGCAGAAGAAAGGGACCCUCAUUCUGCCUCCUUUAUCUUUCAAGCUCAAGGUGAUUAAAGCUUAUGCUUUCAACAAGGCAUGGAUUUUUGGUUUACUUAUGGAUUUGUUUGGAGCAGUCUUGAUGUUGCGAGCACUAUCUCUAGCUCCAGUAUCGGUCAUUCAACCAGUUUCUGGCUGUGGACUAGCUAUACUUUCAGUCUUUUCCCAUUUUUAUCUAAAGGAGAUCAUGAAUGCUAUUGAUUGGAUAGGAAUUACCUUGGCGGGCAUUGGCACCAUAGCUGUUGGUGCUGGAGGGGAGGAGCAGCAGGCUUCUGCUAUCUCAAUUUUUCACCUACCAUGGCUGGCAUGUGCUGUUGCAAUCUUGUUUGUACUCCUUAAUGGAUGGCUUCGAAUUUAUAGACGCCAGCGAAGAGAACAAGAGCUGAUGCAAUAUGAAGUUAUCGAGGAAAUUAUUUAUGGACUGGAAUCUGGAAUUUUGUUUGGGAUUUCAUCUGUGAUAUCAAAGAUGGGAUUUUUAUUCUUGGAGCAGGGAUUUUCCAAGUUGUUGGUGCCGAUUUGUAUUUCAAUAAGCAUUUGUUGUAGUGCUUCUGGUUUUAUAUGUCAGACACGUGGCUUGAAGCAUGGAAGGGCAAUUGUAGUAUCCACAUGUGCGGCUGUUGCAUCUAUCGUAACUGGUGUCUUUGCUGGUAUGUUUGCUUUGGGUGAACGCUUGCCUUCAGCACCAACAUCUCGUCUCUGGCUCUUGCUUGGAUGGAUGUGCAUCAUUGUUGGUGUGAUUCUGCUGGUAGCUUCAACACGGUUGGUGAGAAGCCUUCCACGGUCUUGGAUACAUGUUGUAAGAAGUGGGGUUGACAAAAACAUAGGUGUUAGGCAAUCUGUGCCAACACGGAGUAGAGAUACUAGUCCUAGCACUGUUAUCCAGGCGUCAACUUUACAUCAUUUGAUAGCAACUCCCUCUAAAGCUAAAGCUUGAACUGUGUCAUUACUCAAAAGUUGGACUUGUAUAUGUACCUUGAG